AAUAACCAAAUUCCAAUUGAAAUGAAAUCUUUAGGAUAAAUCAAUGCAAUUUAGGAGGAAUCAAUGAAAGGACAUCAAUUCAAAUCCUGGAUUUUCGAAUUGAGAGAAAUAGUGAGAGAGAUCAAGAAUUCUCACUAUUUCUUAGAUUCAUGGACCCAAAUCAAUUCAGUGGGAUCUUUCAUUCAUAUUUUUUUCCACCAAGAACGUUUUAGAAAACUCUUGGACCCUCGAAUUUUUAGUAUCCUACUUUUGCGCAAUUCACAGGGUUCAACAAGCAAUCGAUAUUUCACGAUCAAGGGUGUAGUACUAUUUGUAGUAGCGGCCCUUCUAUAUCGUAUUAACAAUCGAAAUAUGGUCGAAAGCAAAAAUCUCUAUUUGAAAGGGCUUCUUCCUAUACCUAUGAAUUCCAUUGGACCCAGAAAUGAUACAUCGGAAGAAUCUUUUGGGUCUUCCAAUAUCAAUAGGUUGAUUGUUUCGCUCCUGUAUUUUACAAAAGGAAAAAAGAUCUCUGAGAGCUGUUUCCGGGAUCCGAAAGAGAGUACUCGGGUUCUCCCAAUAACUAAAAAGUGUAUCAUGCCUGAAUCUAACUGGAGUUCGCGGUGGUGGAGGAACUGGAUCGGAAAAAAGAGGGAUUUUUGUUGUAAGAUAUCUAAUGAAACCGUCGCUGGAAUUGAUAUCUCAUUUAAAGAGAAAGAUAUCAAAUAUCUGGAGUUUCUUUUUGUAUAUUAUAUGGAUGAUCCGAUCCGCAAGGGCCAUGAUUGGGAAUUGUUUGAUCGUCUUUCUCCGAAUAAGAGGCGAAACAUAAUCAACUUGAAUUCGGGACAGCUAUUCGAAAUCUUAGUGAAAGACUGGAUUUGUUAUCUCAUGUUUGCUUUUCGUGAAAAAAUACCAAUUGAAGUGGAGGGUUUCUUCAAACAACAAGGAGCUGGGUCAACUAUUCAAUCAAAUGAUAUUGAGCAUGUUUCCCAUCUCUUCUCGAGAAACAAGCGGGCUAUUUCUUUGCAAAAUUGUGCUCAAUUUCAUAUGUGGCAAUUCCACCAAGAUCUCUUCGUUAGUUGGGGGAAGAAUCCGCACGAAUCGGAUUUUUUGAGGAAAAUAUCGAGAGAGAAUUGGAUUUGGUUAGACAAUGUGUGGUUGGUAAACAAGGAUAGAUUUUUUAGCAAGGUACGAAAUGUAUCGUCAAAUAUUCAAUAUGAUUCUACAAGAUCUAGUUUCGUUCAAGUAACGGAUUCUAGCCAAUUGAACGGAUCUUCUGAUCAAUUCAUAGAUCCUUUCGAUUCCAUUAGUAAUGAGGAUUCGGAAUAUCACUAUCACACAUUGAUCAAUCAAAGAGAGAUUCAACAACUAAAAGAAAGAUCGAUUCUUUGGGAUCCUUCCUUUAUUCAAACGGAAGGAAGAGAGAUAGAAUCAGACCGAUUCCCUAAAUACCUUUCUGGAUAUUCCUCAAUGCCCCGGCUAUUCACGGAACGUGAAAAGCGAAUGAAUAAUCAUCUGCUUCCGGAAGAAAGCGAAGAAUUUUUUUGGAAUUCUACAAGAGCCAUUCGUUCUUUUUUCUCUGACAGAUGGUCAGAACUUCAUCUGGGUUCGAAUCCUACUGAGAGGUCCACUAGGGAUCAGAAAUUGUUGAAGAAAGAACAAGAUGUUUCUUUUGUCCCUUCCAGGCGAUCGGAAAAUAAAGAAAUAGUUAAUAUAUUCAAGAUAAUUACGUAUUUACAAAAUACCGUCUCAAUUCAUCCUAUUUCAUCAGAUCUGGGAUGUGAUACGGUUCCGAAGGAUGAACUGGAUAUGGACAGUUCCAAUAAGAUUUCAUUCUUGAACAAAAAUCCAUUUUUUUAUUUAUUUCAUCUAUUCCAUGAACGGAAGAGGGGGGGAUACACGUUACGCCACGAUUUUGAGUCAGAAGAGAGAUUUCAAGAAAUGGCAGAUCUAUUCACUCUAUCAAUAACCGAGCCGGAUCUGGUGUAUCAUAAGGGAUUUGCCUUUUCUAUUGAUUCCUACGGAUUGGAUCAAAGACAAUUCUUGAAGGAGGUUUUCAACUCCAGGGAUGAAUUGAAAAAGAAAUCUUUAUUGGUUCUACCUCCUAUUUUUUAUGAAGAAAAUGAAUCUUUUUAUCGAAGGAUCAGAAAAAUUGGGUCCGGAUCUCCUGCGGGAAUUUUUUUGAAGAUCCAAAACCAAAAAGAGUGGUAUUUGCUAGCAACAACAUAAUGGAGGCAGUCAAUCAAUAUAGAUUGAUCCGAAAUCUGAUUCAAAUCCAAUUCCAAUAUAGUCCCUAUGGGUACAUAAGAAAUGUAUUGAAUCGAUUCUUUUUAAUGAAGAGACCUGAUCGCAACUUCGAAUAUGGAAUUCAAAGGGAUCUAAUAGGAAAUGAUACUCUGAAUCAUAGAACUAUAAUGAAAGAUACGAUCAACCAACAUUUAUCGAAUUUGAAAAAGAGUCAGAAGAAAUGGUUCGAUCCUCUUAUUUUUCUUUCUCGAACCGAGAGAUCCAUAAAUCGGGAUCCUAAUGCAUAUAGAUACAAAUGGUCCAAUGGGAGCAAGAAUUUCCAGGAGCAUUUGAAACAUUUCGUUUCUGAGCGGAAGAGCCGUUUUCAAGUAGUGUUCGAUCGAUUAUGUAUUAAUCAAUAUUCGAUUGAUUGGUCUGAGGUUAUUGAUAAAAAAGAUUUGUCUAAGUCACUUCGUUUCUUUUUGUCCAAGUUACUUCGUUUUUUGUCCAAGUUACUUCUCUUUUUGUCUAACUCACUUCCUUUUUUCUUUGUGAGUUUCGAGAAUAUCCCCAUUCAUAGGUCUGAGAUCCACAUCUAUGAAUUGAAAGGUCCGAACGAUCAACCCUGCAAUCAGUUGUUAGAAUCAAUAGGUCUUCAAAUCGUUCAUUUUAAAAAUUGAAACCCUUUUUAUUGGAUGAUCAUAAUACUUCUCAAAAAUCGAAAUUCUUGAUCAAUGGAGGAACAAUAUCACCAUUUUUGUUCAAUAAGAUACCAAAGUGGAUGAUUGACUCAUUCCAUACUAGAAAGAAUCGCAGGAAAUCUUUUGAUAACACGGAUUCCUAUUUCUCAAUCGUAUCCCACGAUCAAGACAAUUGGCUGAAUCCCGUGAAACCAUUUCAGAGAAGUUCAUUGAUAUCUUCUUUUUCUAAAGCAAAUCGACUUCGAUUCUUGAAUAAUCCACAUCACUUCUGCUUCUAUUGUAACAAAAGAUUCCCUUUUUAUGUGGAAAAGGCCCGUCUCAAUAAUUCUGAUUUUACGUAUGGACAAUUCCUCACUAUCUUGUUCAUUCACAACAAAAUAUUUUCUUCGUGUGGUGGUAAAAAAAAACAUGCUUUUUUGGAGAGAGAUACUAUUUCACCUUCGUCAAUCGAGUCACAGGUAUCUAACAUAUUCAUAUCUAACGAUUUUCCACAAAGUGGUGACGAAAGGUAUAACUUGUACAAAUCUUUCCAUUUUCCAAUUCGAUCCGAUCCAUUAGUUCGUAGAGCUAUUUACUCGAUUGCAGACAUUUCUGGAACACCUCUAAUAGAGGGACAAAGAGUAAAUUUGGAAAGAACGUAUUGUCAAACUCUUUCAGAUAUGAAUCUAUCCGAUUCAGAAGAGAAGAGCUUGCAUCAGUAUCUCAAUUUCAAUUCAAACGUGGGUUUGAUUCACACUCCAUGUUCUGAGAAAUAUUUACAGAGGAAAAAACGGAGUCUUUGCCUAAAAAAAUGCGUUGACAAAGGGCAGAUGGAUAGAACCUUUCAACGAGAUAGUGCUUUUUCAACUCUCUCAAAAUGGAAUCUAUUCCAAAAUAUAUGCCAUGGUUCUUUACUUCGACAGGGUACAAAUAUCUAAAUUUGAUAUUUUUAGAUAUUUUUUCAGACCUAUUGCGGAUACUAAGUAGCAGUCAAAAAUUUGUAUCCAUUUUUCAUGAUAUUAUGUAUGGAUUAGAUAUAUCAUGGCGAAUUCUUCAGAAAAAAUUGUGUCUUCCACAAAGGAAUCUGAUAAGUGAGAUUUCGAGUAAGUCUUUACAUAAUCUUCUUCUGUCCGAAGAAAUGAUUCAUCGAAAUAAUGAGUCAUCGUUGAUAUCGACACAUCUGAGAUCGCCAAAUGUUCGUGAGGUCCUCUAUUCAAUCCUUUUCCUUCUUCUUGUUGCUGGAUAUAUCGUUCGUACACAUCUUCUCUUUGUUUCCCGAGCCUAUAGUGAGUUACAGACAGAGUUCGAAAAGAUCAAAUCUUUGAUGAUUCCAUCAUACAUGAUUGAGUUGCGAAAACUUCUGGAUAGGUAUCCUACAUCUGAACAGAAUUCUUUCUGGUUAAAGAAUCUUUUUCUAGUUGCUCUGGAACAAUUAGGAGAUUGUCUAGAAGAAAUACGGGGUUCUGGCGGCAACAUGCUAUGGGGUGGUGAUCCCGCUUAUGGGGUCAAAUCAAUACGUUCUAAGAAGACAGAUUUGAAAAUAAACUUCAUCGAUAUCAUCGAUCUCAUAAGUAUCAUACCAAAUCCCAUCAAUCGAAUCACUUUUUCGAGAAAUACGAGACAUCUAAGUCAUACAAGUAAAGACAUCUAUUCAUUGAUAA